GGGUGCGGAGCUCAGCGGGGUGGACUUCGGUGCAAGAUGGACGGGGGCGCAGGGUCUUGGAGCCAGGAGUGGCGCCCCUGGCUUCCCCGCCCCCGGUUUUGCUUUAGACCUCUCCCUGUCCUCCGGGACUCGGUCUGGUUUGUACCGGGUCGCGAUAGGGCCAGCGUGACCCGCCAGGGAGGAGAGAGGACGUUUAGCUGCUUAGGCCCUAAUUCCUCGCUCCCUAGCCCUCCCCCCUUUCUCCGUCGGGCGUCCAGGACUCCCGGCCCCAGGCCUGACUCCCUCCUCACUUUCUCCUGUCUCCUCAACCCUGUGGGUCCCUGGCCGGACUUCUGGUCCCUCCGGCGGCGAGCAGCUGAGGGUUAAGGGGGCGGGGCCGCUGCAUUUUUGGGGAGUGAGCGCAUCCUAGCGGCUGCCAAGAGGGGCGCUCGGCCGGGACCUCGCGAAGACCCAGAGCAGGGGCAACAGACCCGAGAAGUAAAAAGAGAAUCCCGAGAAGUCAGCAACCGCGGGGCGUCUGUGUGCAUGGGAUGGGGACGCCGGGGGAGGGGCUGGGUCGCUGCUCCCACGCCCUGAUCCGGGGUGUCCCCGAGAGCCUGGGGUCCGGGGAGGCCGCGGGGGCUGGCCUUCCGGCUCUGGACCUGGCCAAAGCGCGAAGGGAGCAUGGGGUGCUGGGAGGGAAACUGAGACAGCGGCUGGGACUGCAGCUGCUGGAACUGCUUCCUGAGGAGGCCCUGCCGCGGGGGCCGCUGCUCGGCGACACGGCCGUGGUCCAAGGGGACACGGCCCUCAUCGCGCGGCCCUGGAGCCCGGCGCGCAGACCCGAGGUUGACGGAGUCCGCAAAGCGCUCCAGGACUUGGGGCUCCGAAUCGUGGAGAUGGGGGAUGAGAACGCGACGCUGGAUGGCACCGACGUGCUCUUCACGGGCCGGGAGUUUUUCGUAGGCCUGUCCAAGUGGACCAACCACCGAGGAGCGGAGAUCGUGGCGGACACGUUCCGGGACUUCGCCGUCUCCACUGUGCCAGUGUCGGGCCCCUCCCACCUGCGCGGCCUCUGCGGCAUGGGGGGACCCCGCACCGUGGUGGCCGGCAGCAGUGAGGCUGCCCAGAAGGCGGUCAGGGCAAUGGCGGUGCUGACUGAUCACCCUUAUGCCUCCCUCACCCUCCCAGAUGACGCAGCUGCUGACUGUCUCUUUCUUCGUCCUGGGUUGCCUGGUGGACCCUCUUUCCUCCUGCACCGAGGAGGUGGGGACCUGCCCAACAGCCAGGAGGCAUUGCAGAAGCUUUCUGAUGUCACUCUGGUACCUGUGUCCUGCUCAGAACUGGAGAAGGCUGGCGCCGGGCUCAGCUCCCUCUGCCUGGUGCUCAGCACACGCCCCCACAGCUGAGGACCUGGCCUUGGGGUUCUGUUUGCCCAGGGGUAGGGCAGCCUAGGGAGUAGAAGGGGAAGGAGGGUUAGAUGGAGGAUGGUGAGUAGUGGGGAGAGGUCCCCAAGGUAGAGGGAGGGCACAGUUCGGGGAGAAGGAUGGGAGCCACUGGGUGAGUUUGCUCUCUCAGAACCAAUAAAACGGAAUUGGCCUUUUA